AUCAAUUCAAUAUACCGUCGAAAGAUGGAAGCACUAAAGAGGCAAAGUUGGCAUAUAGGAAAAGGAAAGAAAUCUCUGGGGUAAAGUCGUGUGAGUUGGUGUUGUCGCUUUUAAUUCACAACUAUCCAUAUUAUGUGGAAGUAACUGCUUUGUCCACAUUUUUCAUAACAAAGCACUACUUCUAUGAGUAUUUUUAUACACAUACAUAUAUGUCUGAUAUAUAUAUGUGUGUGUGUGUGUGUGUGUGGAUGGGAUAUAUGAACGAUUUGUACAUUAUCAAUAUAUGUAUAUGAAUAUACUACUUACCAUAGAAAUAUACGUGGAACAUUAUUAAGUUUCAUCCUUUUUAAUUAAACUGCAAAAGUAAAUAUGGAUACCUCAACAAAGUUGGGUGAUGAUACUAAUUUGGAAGCAAAAAGUGAAUGUUCAGUUUCAAGUGAAUCAAAAAACGAUUCAUUAAAACAUACUAAUCAAGUUGAUACUACAAAUGUUGCUCUCAAGGAAAAAGAAAAUGUAGAUAAAAUCAAUGAUAUCAAAGGUGCAAUAAAUGAAAUUGAUGCAGAAAACACUACUGCAAAUGCAAGUUGUGUUAAGGUAGAAAAUGAAAGUAAUUCGAAAAAUAUUAUUACGCCGAGUAUUGAUACACCGAGUACUGAUAUACAAUAUAGUAUCCAAGUAAAAGAAAUAAAAACGGAACAGAAAAACGAAAAUUUAACAGAAGAUACAUCAUCGAAUGCAGAUACUGUGAAAGAGAGUUGUGAAGCUACUACAGCAGAUACAACAGAAAAGAAUAUUAAUAAUGUAAAAAGAAAGCGUAGAACUUUAAGUACACAAGAAAGUACUUCCCUUUCUGAAGAAAAUGGAGUUAGAAGCAAACGAAAAAAAUUGAAAAAUGCAAGUGAUAAAUUCUGUUGGAGAUGUCACAAAGAAUCGACAGAAGCACGUUGCAGUGCUUGUCCACGAUCAUGGCAUCGUAGAUGUAUGGGGGGUACACCACCAAUUUCUGUUCAUAAUUGGAUUUGUGGCGAAUGUGCUAUGAUAUUGAAAGCAGAAAAUGCAGAAACACGUUCUGCAGCAAUGGCAGAAUUAUCAGUUGAUCAAUUGUGUAUGUUGCUUAAACAUGUAGUUCAAAGAAUGCGUGAAUAUUCUGGUUCUGAACCAUUUUGGAAGCCCGUAGAACUCAAUGAAACUCCAAACUAUUUGGAUUAUGUUGUCAAACCAAUGGAUUUAAAUCUUUUAGAAUCUAAUGUACGUUCAAAACUUUAUGGCAGUACUGAUGCAUUUAUGUCUGAUGCCAAAUGGAUACAACACAAUUGCAUUGUUUAUAAUACAUGUGGUGGAGUUUAUGCCGAUACAUCUAAAUUAACUAAUACUGCAAAACAAAUAAUUAAAGUGGCACGUCAAGAAGUAUCAGAAAUCGAGGCUUGUCCAGAUUGUUACGCACAUUCGCGUAAUUUACCUAGGCCGCAACCGUCAUGGUUUAUCGAGCCUUGUCGUCAACCACAUCCACUUGUAUGGGCUAAAUUGAAAGGUUUUCCUUUUUGGCCUGCUAAAGCUAUGCCAAGAUUAAAUUCUCAAGGUUUCGUAGAUGUUCGUUUUUUCGGAGAACACGAUCGGGCAUGGAUACCACCUCGAGAUCUUUAUUUAUAUUCUGAAGAUCCACCUGCUCCAUUACCUCGCAAAAGAAAAGUUGAUAUGGACGAAUGUGUUAGAGAAAUUACCCGACACUGUCGUAAACUUGAGCUUGCAUUUGGUAAAUUUAAAUUUGCACCACCGAAAGUACAAUACAAUCCGCACGAUCCAAUGCAAAUAAAACUGAUGCUACCAAACUACGAUCCUCUUCAACCAAAUAAUUGUACAUCUUCUGAAUUUUUGGUACCUAAAAAGAAGGCUGCUUUUCGGAAACGUAAUCUUUCUAUCAAGGAUAAAUCGCAAACUGAAACUUCUGCGAUUGACAACAAACUUGAUUCUGAUACGACUGCUUCUGACGAUGAAAAUAAAUCUCGAAAUAAAACACAGAAAUUAACCACAUCUGAUCAGUCUUCUCCGAGUUCAGACAAUAGUAUUAAUUUAGAUAUGCUGCAAAGCGAAUUCAAGAAGAAAAUGGUUAAUAUAGAAAACAAGAUGUCUAUGGAAAAUGUAUCAACAGAAGAAAAUAAAUCUAUUAAAUCAGAUCGAAAGAACAUUGAAGAAAAUAAUACGAACGCUCAUCUACAAAGACCUAACGAAUCUAAUUUACCUAUAUUAAAAAAUAAUUUACAUAUUACACAUGACAAUUUAAUAACUACUGACCAAGUUUUAAAACAUAAUGAAUCUUUAAAAAUGGAGCAAGCGUCAAAGAAACAUUCCACUGUAAAACCUACUGCCAAUAAAAGUAAUACUUCUGAACUUUUAAAAAUAGCAUCUAAGCUUACAAAAAAUACUGUUAAAGUUUAUAAACCAAAAACGAGAUUGGUUGACAAAUUAAAUGCAGAAAAGGCUUUAAAAUCUUUAUCUGAAAAUGAACAAAAAACUAAAACAGGAUUACCAAGCUUGGAAUCAAUGGUUCCUGUUACUCUACCUUUGCUACAAAGUGAUAAACACGAUCUACCGAAUAAAAUAACAACAAAUGCAACUGCCACCUCGUCUGUUUCGACCUUUACUACCAUAUCGCAAAACAACAUACGAUUUUUUGCAUCAAAUUCAACAUUAGGUCAAACGACACUUGUGACAAAUAGUAAAUCAGUAGAUACAGUACAACAAUCUACAUUAGCAGAGAAUAAUUUAACGAGUAAAGAGACUUGCACGAUUAUAAAAUCAGGUUCAAAAGAACAAAAAAGAGAGAGCAAAGCAAGAAAAUCUUUCCCCAACAAACCAUCUAUUUAUCCGCAAAUUACACUUCAUUCGCCAUCGAAUACAUUAUCUAGUUCAACGGAAUCUAUGAUCUAUAUCACGACUCCUCAGAAAGAAAAUUCUAUUGGGUAUCAAUUACUUCCUCCAGAAGCUGGACCUCUUAGUGCUCGUUUGUAUCAUGGUGCUGAAGAAUUAGCAAAAAGAAUGGCUCAGUUAAUGGAGGAAGCAUAUCGAGAAGCUGCUCAUAGCAGUCAAAACUGUGAAGAUGAUACUACUGAUAAGCAUCAUGCUACAGUACACUUUUUACGAUUACAGAUUGAACGCAUGAGGUGGCAACAUCAACAACAAUUAGCAGAACUAAAACACAAUACUGAUCGUAUGUUACGAGAAAUGAAAGCAAGCCUGGAAGUAGAACGACUUCGAGCUGUCGAAGAAACUCGUAGAGAAAUAGAGCAAGAAAAAAUAAGGUGUAUUGAAGAAACAAAACGUAAACAAUGGUGUGCUAUGUGUCAUCGUGAAGCGUUAUUUUAUUGCUGCUGGAAUACAGCUUAUUGUGAUUAUGCAUGUCAACAGUCUCAUUGGCCAACCCAUAUGAGAUCAUGUGCUCAAAAACCUUCUUUUACUACAAUUGUUACAACUACAGCUGUAGGAUCAAGUCAACAACAGAAUAUUAAUACGAAAGUAUGUAACCCUGCGUGCAGAGUUUAUUCUUUACCACAUAAUAAAUCACCUGGAUUAUCAACAUCUCAUUAUGUUUCAUGUUCUAAAAAUGAAGACAAUUAAGAUCUUUCAUAAAUAGAUAUCACGUUGAAACUAUUUGCAAUCAAUAAUAUAGUUCAAUACACAUUGUGUAAACUGAUUUUAAAUAGCUAUUUUAAAUAAUUUUGUCUAAAUACAUCUUGUCAAUUAUGUAUUGAUAUUAGCUAUUAGAAUAGAAUAAUCGUAGACAUUAAAUAUUUUGUUGUAUAUUUGUGAUGCAUUAAGUCAAAUAUCUUAAAAUUGAAAAUAAAAGUAAUUUUAUAAAAAUGUAUAUGUAUGUAAAUAUUGGUGAUUGAACAAGUAUUUACUUUGUAAAAAUGGAUUUAAUACGUAAAAUACUUUAUAUUACUGUAAAAGAAAUUAAAAACUGAAUACAUUCUGAACAAAUGUAUUACUAUAAAGAUCAUGUUUACUAUACUCAUAUAAUAUGUUAAGCCAUCGUAAUUUCAACAUUUUGGAAUACAAUUAAUUAGUAACAAUAAAAAGUAACAGUAAUUCAAAUGUAAAUUAUCUACUAUUACGACAUAUAUAUAUACACACACACACACAAAAUCAACAUAAUGUGCAAGAAAAUUUUUUUGUACUAUAUGAUCCAGAGAAGGUAAUUGGUAUUUACACAAAAGUAAUUUUACACAUUUUGUCAUCCGGAGAUAAUUUUAUUUACAAAAGUACAUGUUUAUUUAGCUUUUUUGCUCUUAAUUUUUCUCAUAUAGAACUCUAAUUCUUUACCUUCGAGAAUGUAACCAUCAGCUCUUCCACAUUGACCAGGUCUACUGGCUAUGCAAG